UCUACCUAGACGUUAAGUCCGAUAAGAGUCUAGAACCACAAAAGAGCUCUGCACGGUUUAGUGUGGAUAACACUCUUCAUAAGCGUCCUGAUAAGCGAUCUGGAGCAGCUCCAAAGUCCCAAGAGUGUUAAGGAUAGCUUUCACUUCAGGUGUAUACUAAACGUUUUGUAAAAACUAUUUAGCGAUUAAUGAAAGUUUGUGAUAACACAUAGUGAUUAUAUUCUGUUCAAGUCUGAUCUUCUUCGUCCCGGUCUUCAACUGAAGGCCGUGGUUACACUGUGCGGAGGUGAAUGUUUGACGGACGUCCUGGGUCCGUGGUCAACCCCGGCCGCUGGAUCUGGCCGAUCCAUGGAUAUGCAGGAAUGAGUCUGCCUCCUAAUGGCAGCAGCAGCAUUAGGUUACCUGCAGAAGAUGUGAGCCGUUCGUUCAGUAAACAGCAGAAAGUGUGUGGAGUGUGCGGGGACCGGGCUAAAAGCUACCAUUUUGGUGGGAUCUCUUGUGACAGCUGCAAAGCCUUUUUCCGGCGUUCCGUUCAGAACGAAGGGUACAAGAACUUCCACUGUCCAUACGAAGGCAAAUGUGAGAUUACUCUCAGUUCCAGAAAAUGUUGCCAAUACUGUAGAUUUCAGAAAUGUGUGUCCAUUGGGAUGGAGAAGGGUUGGGUGAUGACGGAGGAGGAGAGAAUGCAUCUGUUACGUAGUCGAAUGGAGAGAAAACAGCGACAGGGUACGAGUGAACCCGAUAAACCCCCACAAAAAGUGAGUAUAUCUGACUACGAUCCAGACAUUAACGAUGUUGGAAAAUAUCUAACUGAAAAUGAUGUGAGGAGUAUCGAAAUAUUGAUUAAUGCCUAUGAAAUUAGUUACCAGACUAUUUCUUUCAGUGAGAAACUAACGCCUCAGACAAGUGAGAGAAGUCGGACGGAAAUUCUUGACAUGUUUUUUACAGUGAUAAAACAGUUUUCUCACUUUGCCCAGAAUCUUGAGUGUUUCUCCUACAUUCCACAACGAGAUCAGGAGGUACUGCUGCGUAGCGGUGUCAUGGAGAUGUGUUUUCUUCGUGGUGCCUACGUGUUCGAUGAAAGGCGUGGCAGUUGGCCAGAGCGCAAGAAGAUGUUGUAUAAAGAUGCACCCUCGUUAAAAGCCGAAGACAUCAAAAAGCUGGUAUCUCCCACAUUAUUUGAGAAACAUAUGAAAUUCAUUGCAGGAAUUAAAGAACUGGAUCCUGAUGAACCAACAAUUAUGUUACUUCUUGUAAUAGUUCUUUUGUCUCCAGAUCGUUCUAAUCUGGUAAACGUUGACUUAAUUACCAAUCAACAGGAGAAAUAUUACAUUCUUUUAAAGAACUAUAUGCUCUGGCGCUACGGACCUGACCACACAGCUGCUCUCUACCCAAAGCUCUUUCUGAAGCUCCCAGAUCUGCGUGAGUUGAACGAUGCCCACACUGACUACCACUUAAAACUAGACAAGGACGAAAUGGAAGAAAUUCAACAACAGCUCUCCAGCCUUCGAUUAGACUCACCUGGCGAUUCUUGCGUAUCAACAGAGCACAGUGGAGCGGGGAGACACUGGAGCAUCAGAAGAGAUCUUGUAAUGGAACUCAGAUCUUCUUCACCAUUGGACCUCGAGGAAGAGUCCAGCUCUAGUGAAGGUUCUGAUAGGUUUGCUAUGUCUAGGUUCAAGUAUGGCGGUGAACGAGGGGCCGAAGAGCCACAGUUAUAAUGAAGUACAGCUAAAAUGUUUUGGAAAGAGCGUAUAGAUAACUAGAAAAGAUUGAUACGCUAGAUGUAAAAUGUGUAGUUUUGUUCUUUUUUCCUUUUUUUUU